AUGUUUAAGGAGCAGUUGCAGACACACCUGAAGUCGCAUGAGGAAAAACGCUGUAAGUGUUUAGAAUGUGGAGAUAUCAGCCACCCUGGAGUAGAACGUUAUCCUUGCCCAGUGUGUGAGAAAAGCUUUAUGCAGAAGUCUCAUCUCAAACUACACCAGAAGGUCCAUACGGGAAAAAAGCCUUAUCGGUGUUUAGAGUGUGGAAAGACAUUCAGGCUAAUGUCCACACUUACGGAACACCAGGCGAUCCAUACUGGAAAAAAGACUCAUCGGUGUCUAGAGUGUGGGAAGACGUUCAGGCGACGCUCCAAACUUGGAGAACACCAGAGGGUCCAUUCUGAAGAGAAGCCUUAUUCAUGUCCUGUAUGUGGGAAGCGUUUCAGAUGGAAGUCGUCCAUCGCCAAGCAUCAGAAGAUUCACACAGGAAUAAAGCCUCAUCAGUGCUCCGAGUGUGGAAAGGCUUUUACAUACGCGUCUUGUCUGAAGAACCACCAGAGGAUCCAUACUGGGGAAAGGCCGUAUCCGUGUCCCCGGUGUGGAAAGGCAUUUAGGACCAACUCUAAUUUGAGGCUCCAUGAGAACGCAUGGAAGAGAGAAGCCAAGUACGGAAUGAAGGUGCACCAGCGUUCUCAGUGUGAAUAG